AUGGCCCACCUGUCGUCCCACGGCUCGGCCGCGCUGCACCUCUGUGACUGGCUGGGGCGGCUGGCGGGCUCCUGCCCGGGGCCCCUCGUGCAGCGGGCGUGCCUGCGCGCGCUUGCGGACGGAUCUCUGUGCGUCCAGGAAGGGGAUUUCAGUAUCCGAUACUUCGCUUCGGUGGGCACGCCAGCUCUGGAGUUUUGUUCGACGCGCUUUUGUGUCGGUGAUGGCCUCGUUGGGGCGGGGCCCGGCGUGAAUCGCGUCGAAUGCCGACAAGGGAGCAGUCCGGGGGCGUCCGGCGGAAAACGGCGACUCUCCGGCGGGGGGCUCUUGUCCAUUUUGGAGCAGCAUUCGAAUCGCAGCCAGGGGGAGAGGCCUGCCAAGCGGAGGAUCGAGCGACCGCGGGAGGACGGCGGCGUCGCAAAUGGUUGGGCUGGACGUCAGGCGCGGGAGGUGCUGAGCAGAUUUCAGCGCCCCCGACAAGGCCCCGGGCCUUUCCGACAAGAGGUUGAGCAAGCCAAUGGGGAAAGGAACGGCUUCCAGAAGACUGUCAACGGAAGGUUGCCGCGGAAUGGGGACACGAUUAAUGGCAAGGAAAGUUCCUCUGGCCGGAGCGAGAUCGGGAUAUCCAACUCGAAUGGUGCCAUAGCUCUCAACCCAUUCACAGCUUGGCACCUGCAACCCAACAAAGAAUCGUUGCCCAAGGACUAUGACAACCGUUGGGCAAGACGAAUGCAGAACAAACUUGGGGUCGACAUUGGCCCUCCCAUGGUGAGCAUGCCGGCAGUUGGCAUGAUGGUACAACACACAUCACAGCAGAAGGGAAGCCAGAAGAUUCAUGAUGAGCCAAAGGAAGUUGUGUUGCCAGGAGAUGUCACAGUCAGGCGACUUGCCCAGGGGAUUGGUGUCUCAACAGAGAAGAUAGAAGAGGUUCUUGGUUCAAUUGGGGAGGAGAUGCAGUCAAUAGAAGACAGAGUUCCCAUGGAUGCUGCUGAGCUGGCGGCCGCUGAAUUUGGCUGGGCAGUGAGUUGGGCUCAGAGCAUCACAGGGAGUGGCACCAAAGCUGAGCCAAGGCCUGCAGUUGUUACUGUGAUGGGCCAUGUCGACCACGGAAAGACUACACUGUUGGAUUCUUUGAGGAGGACAAGUGUUGCAGCUUCAGAAGCAGGUGGCAUCACUCAGCACAUUGGCGCCUUUGAAGUGAAGAUGCCAGGGUCCAAAAGGUCUCUGACUUUCCUGGACACGCCUGGACAUGCAGCUUUCAAGGCGAUGCGAGCAAGAGGGGCAAAAGUCACAGACCUGGUUGUCCUGGUGGUGGCUGCAGAUGAUGGUGUUAUGCCCCAGACCAAGGAGGCGUAUUCACAAGCCAGGGAGUGUGGGUGCCCCUUGGUUGUGGCUAUCUCCAAGUGCGACCUGCCCCAGGCCAACGUUGAAAAGGCAAAACAGCAGCUGGUUGCCGCAGAAGUGGAGCUGGAAGAGUAUGGCGGCAAUGUCCAGGUCGUUCAAAUCUCUGCAAAGACGGGUGCUGGGCUGCUGGAGUUAGAAGAAGCGCUCAUUCUACAGGCUGAUGUGCUGGAGCUGUCUGCGUUGCGCGAUGGCACAGCUGAGGCUGUGGUGGUGGAGGCACAUUUGGACAAAGGCCUGGGCCCUGUUGCAACGAUCAUCGUGAAGGGUGGAACACUGCAUGUCGGCGACUCGGUGGUCGUUGGGACACUGUGGGGCAAGAUCAGGACAAUGAAGGACUCGACUGGCACACCCAUCAACUCUGUGCUACCUGGACAGCCUGCUGAGAUAUGUGGCCUGAGGGGGGUACCCCAAGCUGGUGAUGCGCUGUUGGCUGUGUGCAAUGAGGACAGGGCAAAGCGUGUGAGUGACGCACGUGCUGCACGGAAGAUGGCUCCCAUGUUGCAGGUUCCACACAUGAAUGGAGUUUUAAGUGGCUGUGGAGAAACCCACUUUGUGGAUGGAAGAGCAUUGAACAUAGUUUUGAAGGCAGAUGCCAAGGGGACGGGUGAGGCUGCCAGGGAUGCGAUCCUUCAACUUGGGAGUGAUGUGGUGGGUGUGCAGGUCAUGCACGUCGGAGUUGGCCCAGUGACGGAGACAGACAUUGUGUUUGCUGCUACCACCAACUCGAGGAUAUUUGCCUUCAACGUCAGAACGACCACUGCUGAGGAAGCUUUUGCAAAACAGCAGAAUGUGGACAUCCAUGAACAUUCAAUCAUCUACCACAUGUUGGAUCACGUUGGGCAACUAUUGAUAGAUAUUGCCCCAGCAUGCCAUGAUGAAGUUGUGCACGGAGAGGCAGAGGUUCUUCAGGUGUUCAGCCUGAAGGGGAAGCGGGGGAACACUGGAGAGAUGGUGGCAGGAUGCAAAGUACUGGAAGGGCAAAUGCAGAGGCACGCGUCCUGCUUCAAAGUCGUCCGAAGUGGAAAGGUCGUCUCCUCCACAGCCUGUUCCUCGUUACGUCGUCACAAACUGUCGGUGGAGAGGGUGGGGAAGGGGGCCGAGUUUGGUGCUGUCCUUGAGGGCUUCACAGACUUCAAGCAGGGCGAUGUGAUUCAAUGCAUCGUGACUGAAAAGAGGAAGCCGAAGACUGAGAGCGUGCUGGGGGGAGGUCUCCGAGUGAUAGAGGCACCCUCUGCUCCGGAGUCGGAAUCCACGCGUGAGGCCGCUGCAUGA